AUGGUCUAUCAAUUUCUAACCAAAUUGGAUUGGUUUUCAACACUGUUUCCUCGUAUACCUGUGCCGAUACAAAAACAAAUUGAAAAGAAACUUGAACAAUAUUGUCGUGAAAAUGGUGUUACCCUAUAUCAGCUAAGUUCAGGUGGUGCUGCAGUGGCGGCGGUGGCCGGAGCUAAUCCCCGUACCGUAAAUGCCAAUGCGACUGUAAAUGAUUAUGACGACGGUGAGGAUGGAGGAAAAUAUGAUGGUCGUGGCCGUUCUGGAUAUGGCAGUCGAGAACCACCUCCACCAUCAUAUCAUCGUGGGGAACAUGAUGAUCGUUUGGAUUAUCCUCCUCCUCCCAGAGAUUAUGAUCGUUAUAGAGGGGAGAGGGAACGGGAUCGUGAUUAUAAAUCAUCAAAACGUUAUGAUCGCAAUUCAUCACCGGAAAGUGUUUAUCGUGGCACCAGUCGUGAACGUGAACGUUAUCGAGAGAAACACAAAAAGAAACACAAGCACAAACAUCGUUCGAGGUCACGAUCCAGAUCCAGAUCACGAUCCCGUUCCCGUAGCCGUUCAAAAAGCAGUAAACAUCAUUCCCAACGUAAGCGUUCAGAACGUGAACAUCGUCAUCAUCACUCCUCCUCGUCAUCGCAUCGUUCAAAGGGUUAUGCCGAUGAUUAUCCCGAAGAUCAUAGACGUUAUAGAUGA